CAGAACAUGGAUGUUGUAUCCUUGGGGACUGUGAUGAUGUCCCAAAUAUGGAUGCUGAGAUGGGCCAUCCUACUAAUUGGACUGCCGUCAACACAAGCAGACUUUAUGCCAGAUUAUGCAGAUGGUACAGCAGAUCCCAUGGACCAUUUCUGGCCAACAAUGAAAGUGUUCCCCACCACAACAAAUGUGAUCAUAACUACAACUGAACCGAAUCCUGAUCAUCAGUCCACGGUCUGCAGCACAUGGGGAAAUUUCCACUUCAAGACUUUUGAUGGUUAUUUCUUUCAACAGCCAGACACGUGUAACUAUGUUCUGGCAGUAAUGUGCGACAUCACAGCUUCUGAUUUCAACAUCCAAAUGCAAAGAAAGACCGAAAAUGACUUAAUCGCUUUCAGCACAGUCUCAAUAAAGUUGGAGGGGACAGUCAUCAAACUCAGUAAUGGCAACAUCACCAUGGAUGAAGAAGUGGUGUCUAUUCCAACCUAUAAGAAUGGAAUUAAAAUUGAGGGAAGCCCAUCAAGUCUCAAAAUCGCUAACAAACAUGGAGUGACUGUCUAUUGGGAGGAAGACCAGUCUGUAUUGAUUGAACUUCCUGAAAAGUACCAAGGCCAGACCUGUGGACUCUGUGGAAACUUUAACGGCAACAGAACUGACGAUUUCAGUGACACUGGCCUGGCCGCAUGGAAGUUGUCUUCACCAACUGAAUCCUGUGAGGACAUUACACUUGACCCUACUGAUCACUGUAAAAACCAGACAAGCAUUUGUCAGCAGGUUCUCAGCAGUUCGGGGUUUGAUGAUUGUCACCGUGUGUUGGACUUGACUUCAUUUGAAAAGGCCUGCGUAAACGACCUGUGUCAAUGUUACAGCAAACACGACUGUCUCUGCAACACACUCACAGAGAUUUCACGACAGUGCACACAUGCAGGUGGCAGACCGGGAACAUGGAGAACAGACCAGCUCUGUCCGAAGACAUGCCCACUAAACAUGGAGUACUUGGAGUGUGGAAGUCCAUGCAGAGACACCUGCACUGACCCAGAAGGAAGCACGUUGUGUAAAGAACACUGUGUGGAUGGCUGUUUCUGUCCUGAGGGCACUGUUGAAGAUGACAUUGGUCACAGUGGUUGUGUUCCUAUCAACGAGUGCCCGUGUGAGCAUGAUGGCAGAAUAUACCAAUCAGGAGAGUCAUAUACACAAGCAUGUAAAACAUGUGCGUGUGCUGCUGGAUAUUGGAGUUGCACGGAUCUGGAAUGUCCUGGAAUCUGCUCUGUUGUUGGAGGGUCUCACAUCACCACUUAUGAUGGAAAAAGCUUCACCUUCAGCGGCAACUGUGAUUACAUCCUCACUAAGCACUCCAGUGAUAAUGAUAUUGCUGUCCUGGGAAAUCUGGCAAAGUGUGAUCCAGCCCGACCAGACACUUGUCUAAAUUCGGUUACCCUUGUCAUCUCCGGAACCACUAUUAGUUUUUCUUCUGGUGGAACUGUGACACUGAAUGGAAACAGCCCAUAUGCACUUCCUGUCUUCACAGAUGGUGUGGUCAUCUUCCAGCCUUCUUCCUCCUUCAUUAUUGCUGAUAUGAAGAGUCUUCGUCUAGAGAUCCAAUUGGCUCCAGUCAUGCAGUUGUAUAUUGUAGCCAGCCCUGAAGAGAAAGAAAAAAUGAGUGGUCUGUGUGGGAACUAUAACAAUAUCCUAAAAGAUGACUUUAAAACGGAAUCAGGCAUUACAGAGGGGACACCAACAACCUUUGUCAACUUUUGGAAACACUCGUACAGUUGUCCUGAUCUUGAAAGCUCAUUUGAAAACCCCUGUAGUCUGAAUGUGGAUAUAGAGAAAUUCGCUAAAGACUUGUGUUCCAGCCUCACAAACCCAAAUGGAACCUUUGCCUCAUGUCAUUCAGAAAUAUGUCCUGAGAUUUACUAUGAAAGGUGCGUCUAUGACACCUGUAAGUGUGCAGAUAUUAAGAAGUGUAUGUGUGCAGCCCUGUCCACGUAUGCCCAUGCCUGUGCUGCCAGAGGAAUCAUUCUCCAGGGAUGGAUGGAUUCAGAACCCUGCGACACGAUUUCGAAGUGUACAGACAACAUGAAGUACUCCUACAGCGUGACCAGCUGUGCCAGCACCUGUCGUUCUCUCAGUGGGCAGGAUUAUACCUGCAAAGUAUCCACACCUGUAGAUGGAUGUGUCUGCCCUGAGGGCACCUACCUCAAUGAUGCAGGCAGCUGUGUGCAUGCUGACCAAUGUCCUUGUUACUCCGGAAGCCAGGUCAUAGAGCCAUCUGGAAUAUUCUACAAGGAUGGUGUUAAAUGUACCUGUAAUCUCGGCAUAUUACACUGCUCAAGCAAAGAAGAUUGUGUGGCUCCAAUGGUCUUCUUCAACUGUUCAAGUUAUAAACCAGGACAAAAAGGAACAGAGUGUCAGAGGACAUGUCAGAACCAAGACCCAAACAAAUGCGUGAGUACAGGGUGUGUAUCAGGAUGUAUGUGCCCAAAUGGCCUUCUGGCAAAUGGAAAAGAUUGGUGUGUAGAGAAGAGAAACUGCCCAUGCACCCACAAUGGAGUCACUUAUUCACCUGGCGAGCAAGUUCAAGAGGACUGUAACACCUGCACAUGCAUAGAUGGGAUGUGGACUUGUACAAAAAAGGCAUGCUAUGGCACCUGUACCAUCUAUGGUGAAGGUCAUUUCAAGACAUUUGAUGGCAAGAGAUAUUCCUUCCACGGAGACUGUGAAUACAUCUUAGCUCACGAUUAUUGCGAAAUGGACCACAGUCCCUCUUUCCGCCUUGUCACAGAGAACAUCCCCUGUGGCAGCACCAACUCCAUUUGUUCCAAGUCCAUUGAUCUUUACUUUGGGAGAUAUAAGAUGAUGUUAUCCGAGGAGAAUGGAGUCAACGUUAAGGUUGAAACCAAUGGCACUGAUUAUGAAUAUCAAAUUUAUUCUGCCGGGAUUUACAUUGUCAUAGAGGUCAGAGAACUUUUAAACUUAAUCUGGGACAAUAAGACAAGUCUGAUGCUCCAACUGCAUCCCAGCUUAAAGGGCAAGGUGUGUGGACUGUGUGGGAACUUUGAUGGUAAUGCAAACAAUGACUUUAUGAAGCAUAAUGGAGAAGAGGUAGCAGAUACAGAUGCAUUUGGGAAUAGCUGGAAGGUGAAUCCAAGCUGUCCAGAUGGGACAAACAUGAUGAACCCUUGUGAAGAAAAGCCACAUCGAAGUGCCUGGGCCAUCAAACAAUGCAGCAUCAUCAAAAGCAUUGUUUUUAAAGAUUGCCAUUCACUUGUGGACUCUGUCCCAUAUUAUGAUGCCUGUGUAAGGGACACUUGUGCAUGUGACACUGGAGGUGAUUGCGAUUGUUUCUGUACUGCGGUGGCAGCCUAUGCUGCUGAAUGCCGAAAAAAGGGAGCUUGUGUGGCAUGGAGGAGCCCAAGCGUUUGUCCAUUAUUCUGUGACUUCUACAACCCUCCGGGAGAAUGUGAGUGGCACUAUAAAGCCUGUGGAUCCUGCAUGAAAACCUGCAAAAACCGUGCAGGAACUUGCUCCCCUCAAAUUCCUCCACUUGAAGGAUGUUUUCUUCAGUGUCCUUCAGAGAGGCCAUAUAUGAGGGAGGAGACCAUGAAGUGUGUUACAGAGGAAAUAUGUAAUUACUGUUUUUAUAAUGGUAUUGAAUAUCCGCCUGGAUCAGUUGUUUACAACACCACAGAUGGGCAUGAUUCUUGUUUAAUAGCUGUGUGUCAAGAUAAUGGAGAAAUAAAAAGAGUUGUUGUUCCUGACUGCAUUAAAACCACAACAACAACACCUUUCACUUUCACAUCUACAUCCACAUCAAACGAAACAUCUACAACUACAAAAACAUCAACUGAGACAUCAACAACCAUGUCCACCACUACACCAACAACUACUGUGACACAAACAUUUACAGAGACAGAAACAACAGCUUCUACAACUGUUACAAGAACGCCUACAUCAACAGAAACACCCUCUACAACUAGUGCAUCCACUGGUACAACAACACCCACAUCAACAGAGACAUCUACAACCACAUCCACCACCACACCAACAACUACUGUGACACAAACAUUUACAGAGACAGAAACAACAGCUUCUACAACUGUUACAAUAACACCUACAUCAACAGCAACACCCUCUACAACUAGUUCAACUACAGUUACAACAACACCUCACGUCUGUGAUUGUAAGUGGUCAAAGUGGAUUGACAGCAACACACCCAGUGAAGAACCCCAAGGAUUCGAAACUGAGUCGAUCACUGAUUUGUGGAAUUUAGCAAAGAUUUCUUGUCAGAGCCCCAGUGAGAUUGAAUGUAGGGCAGUAGAAUAUCCACAAUACUCCUUGGAAGAAAUGGGACAAAUAGUAUAUUGCAAUACAUCCUUUGGUCUGACAUGUUCAAACAAAGACAAUGCAGGUGGCGUGAUACCAUUAUGCCAUAAUUACGAAAUACGUGUAAGAUGUUGUGAAGCUAUGUGUACUACAACCUACUCUACUGUUAUGCCCUCAAGUACAACCACCAAAACACCUACGACAACUUCCAUUACUACAACUGUGGUAACAACGCCAUCUACAUCAUCAGAGACAUCUACAAUCACAUCCACCAUUAUACCAACAACUACUGUGACACAAACAUUUACAGAGACGGAAACAACAGCUUCUACAACUGUUACAAGAACGCCUACAUCAACAGAAACACCCUCUACAACUAGUACAUCCACUGGUACAACAACACCCAUAUCAACAGAGACAUCUACAACCACAUCCACCACUACACCAACAACUACUGUGACACAAACAUUUACAGAGACAGAAACAACAGCUUCUACAACUGUUACAAUAACGCCUACAUCAACAGAAACACCCUCUACAACUAGUUCAACUACAGUUACAACAACACCUCACGUCUGUGAUUGUAAGUGGUCAAAGUGGAUUGACAGCAACACACCCAGUGAAGAACCCCAAGGAUUCGAAACUGAGUCGAUCACUGAUUUGUGGAAUUUAGCAAAGAUUUCUUGUCAGAGCCCAAGUGAGAUUGAAUGUAGGGCAGUAGAAUAUCCACAAUACUCCUUGGAAGAAAUGGGACAAAUAGUAUAUUGCAAUACAUCUUUUGGUCUGACAUGUUCAAACAAAGACAAUGCAGGUGGCGUGAUACCAUUAUGCCAUAAUUACGAAAUACGUGUAAGAUGUUGUGAAGCUAUGUGUACUACAACCUACUCCACUGUUAUGCCCUCAAGUACAACCACCGAAACACCUACGAAAACUUCCAUUACUACAACUGUGGUAACAACGCCACCUACAUCAUCAGAGACAUCUACAAUCACAUCCACCAUUACACCAACUACUACUGUGACACAAACAUUUACAGAGACAGAAACAACAGCUUCUACAACUGUUACAAGAAUGCCUACAUCAACAGAAACACCCUCUACAACUAGUGCAUCCACUGGUACAACAACACCCAUAUCAACAGAGACAUCUACAACUAGUGCAUCCACUGGUACAACAACACCCAUAUCAACAGAGACAUCUACAACCACAUCCACCACUACACCAACAACUACUGUGACACAAACAUUUACAGAGACAGAAACAACAGCUCCUACAACUGUUACAAUAACGCCUACAUCAACAGAAACCCCAUCUAUAACUAGUACAUCCACUGGUACAGCAACACCCAUAUCAACAGAGACAUCUACAACCACAUCCACCACUACACCAACAACUACUGUGACACAAACAUUUACAGAGACAGAAACAACAGCUUCUACAACUGUUACAAUAACGCCUACAUCAACAGAAACACCCUCUACAAUUAGUACAUCCACUGGUACAACAACACCCAUAUCAACAGAGACAUCUACAACCACAUCCACCACUACACCAACAACUACUGUGACACAAACAUUUACAGAGACAGAAACAACAGCUUCUACAACUGUUACAAUAACGCCUACAUCAACAGAAACACCCUCUACAACUAGUUCAACUACAGUUACAACAACACCUCACGUCUGUGAUUGUAAGUGGUCAAAGUGGAUUGACAGCAACACACCCAGUACAGAACCCCAAGGAUUCGAAACUGAGUCGAUCACUGAUUUGUGGAAUUUAGCAAAGAUUUCUUGUCAGAGCCCCAGUGAGAUUGAAUGUAGGGCAGUAGAAUAUCCACAAUACUCCUUGGAAGAAAUGGGACAAAUAGUAUAUUGCAAUACAUCCUUUGGUCUGACAUGUUCAAACGAAGACAAUGCAGGUGGCGUGAUCCCAUUAUGCCAUAAUUACGAAAUACGUGUAAGAUGUUGUGAAGCUAUGUGUACUACAACCUACUCUACUGUUAUGCCCUCAAGUACAACCACCGAAACACCUACGACAACUUCCAUUACUACAACUGUGGUAACAACGCCACCUACAUCAUCAGAGACAUCUACAAUCACAUCCACCAUUACACCAACAACUACUGUGACACAAACAUUUACAGAGACAGAAACAACAGCUUCUACAACUGUUACAAUAACGCCUACAUCAACAGAAACACCCUCUACAACUAGUGCAUCCACUGGUACAACAACACCCAUAUCAACAGAGACAUCUACAACCACAUCCACCACUACACCAACAACUACUGUGACACAAACAUUUACAGAGACAGAAACAACAGCUCCUACAACUGUUACAAUAACGCCAACAUCAACAGAAACCCCAUCUAUAACUAGUACAUCCACUGGUACAGCAACACCCAUAUCAACAGAGACAUCUACAACCACAUCCACCACUACACCAACAACUACUGUGACACAAACAUUUACAGAGACAGAAACAACAGCUCCUACAACUGUUACAAUAACGCCUACAUCAACAGAAACCCCAUCUACAACUAGUACAUCCACUGGUACAGCAACACCCAUAUCAACAGAGACAUCUACAACCACAUCCACCACUACACCAACAACUACUGUGACACAAACAUUUACAGAGACAGAAACAACAGCUCCUACAACUGUUACAAUAACGCCUACAUCAACAGAAACCCCAUCUACAACUAGUACAUCCACUGGUACAGCAACACCCAUAUCAACAGAGACAUCUACAACCACAUCCACCACUACACCAACAACUACUGUGACACAAACAUUUACAGAGACAGAAACAACAGCUCCUACAACUGUUACAAUAACGCCUACAUCAACAGAAACCCCAUCUACAACUAGUACAUCCACUGGUACAGCAACACCCAUAUCAACAGAGACAUCUACAACCACAUCCACCACUACACCAACAACUACUGUGACACAAACAUUUACAGAGACAGAAACAACAGCUCCUACAACUGUUACAAUAACGCCUACAUCAACAGAAACCCCAUCUACAACUAGUACAUCCACUGGUACAGCAACACCCAUAUCAACAGAGACAUCUACAACCACAUCCACCACUACACCAACAACUACUGUGACACAAACAUUUACAGAGACAGAAACAACAGCUCCUACAACUGUUACAAUAACGCCUACAUCAACAGAAACCCCAUCUACAACUAGUACAUCCACUGGUACAGCAACACCCAUAUCAACAGAGACAUCUACAACCACAUCCACCACUACACCAACAACUACUGUGACACAAACAUUUACAGAGACAGAAACAACAGCUUCUACAACUGUUACAAUAAUGCCUACAUCAACAGAAACACCCUCUACAACUAGUGCAUCCACUGGUACAACAACACCCAUAUCAACAGAGACAUCUACAACCACAUCCACCACUACACCAACAACUACUGUGACACAAACAUUUACAGAGACAGAAACAACAGCUCCUACAACUGUUACAAUAACGCCUACAUCAACAGAAACACCCUCUACAACUAGUACAUCCACUGGUACAGCAACACCCAUAUCAACAGAGACAUCUACAACCACAUCCACCACUACACCAACAACUACUGUGACACAAACAUUUACAGAGACAGAAACAACAGCUUCUACAACUGUUACAAUAACGCCUACAUCAACAGAAACACCCUCUACAACUAGUGCAUCCACUGGUACAAAAACACCCAUAUCAACAGAGACAUCUACAACCACAACCACCACUACACCAACAACUACUGUGACACAAACAUUUACAGAGACAGAAACAACAGCUCCUACAACUGUUACAAUAACGCCUACAUCAACAGAAACCCCAUCUACAACUAGUACAUCCACUGGUACAGCAACACCCAUAUCAACAGAGACAUCUACAACCACAUCCACCACUACACCAACAACUACUGUGACACAAACAUUUACAGAGACAGAAACAACAGCUCCUACAACUGUUACAAUAAUGCCUACAUCAACAGAAACCCCAUCUACAACUAGUACAUCCACUGGUACAGCAACACCCAUAUCAACCGAGUCAUAUACGACCCCAUUCACCACUACACCAACAACUACUGUGACACCGACAAAUACAAAGUUUAUUGUGGAAACUGAGUCAACUUCCAAAACCACAAAAUCCACACCAUCACCCCAAUGUAGCUGCACAUAUUUAAAUGCUACUUUCUCAAAAGGGUCUACAGUCUACAAUAAAACUGACAAAGCGGGUUGGUGCUACAUUGCUUACUGCAAUGACUCUUGUGAUAUUGUGAAAUGGCCUCAACCAUGCCCAACCACUCCAAGUCCAACAGUUUGUCCAAAGCAAUCUUGGGUUGAAGGAUGCCAUAACAAAACCUGCAUAAAUGGCAAGGUCACCUCAAGGCCUGUACAGUGUGACGAAACGGAUUCUUUUGUACCUCAAUGUACCAAUGGACGUAAAGCUGAGAAAGUGUAUUAUAACAAUGGCUGCUGCUCCAAGUAUCAGUGUCCAUGUAUAUGCAAUGGCUGGGGUGACCCUCAUUACAAAACUUUCGAUGGAACAUAUUAUGCUUUCCAAGGAAACUGCACCUAUGUGUUGGUCCAAGAAAUCAUCCCAAAAUACAAUAUCAGUGUCCAUGUUAAAAACUAUUUUUGUGAUUUAAAAAAAUAUCUAGCUUGCCCUGAAUAUGUAAUUUUGUAUUACAAAUCCUAUAAAAUCAAGCUGACAAGCAACACUAAAACAGUCCAGGUCUAUGUCAAUGAAGAUGAGAAGAUACCAACAUACGUAAAUGAAGUCCUCACCAUCACCUCUUCUGGCAUUUCAGUGCUUGUGAACAUCUCUGAGAUUAAAGCUGAGAUUUUAGUCUCUCAUAACACCUAUAGUGUCAAACUCCCAUUCUCCUUCUUCCAUAAUAAUACAGAGGGACACUGUGGGGUUUGUGAUGAUAACCGCGCAAAUGACUGCAGACUUCCUAAUGGAACAAUUGACGUAUCAUGUGAGGACAUGGCACGGUUUUGGAUGGUCCCCCCAGGAUGCAUAACCCCUCCACCCCCUCCAACGCCACCACCUUGCAACCCAAAAAUCUGUGAUGUCAUCAAAAGCGAUUUGUUUAAGAAAUGCCAUGAUGUUGUUCCUUAUGAAAGUUAUUAUGAAGCAUGCAAAUAUGAUGUGUGCCACAAGCAAAAUGAAUCUGGUGCUUGCUCCAGUGUGGAAAUGUACGCCAAGCUAUGUGGCCAGGACUCUAUCUGUGUGGACUGGAGAAACUCAGCUGGCCUCAAAGGGCUAUGUGCAUUCAUGUGCCCCAAACACAAAGUCUAUAAGGCAUGUGGGCCUAAAGUGGAAAAAACCUGCAGUACAAGAUACAAUGAGAAGUUUGUGGAGAACGAAUGUCAAAGCCAAGACUGUCAUCAAAUAUUUAUGGAAGGUUGUUACUGUCCUGAUAACUCAUAUCUAGUCAGUUCAACGACAGAUAACUGUACGGCUUACUGCGAUUGCAUUGGCCCUGAUGGAUUACCUAGACAGCCCGGAGAUGCAUGGACCUUGGGCUGUACCACAUAUACAUGCUCCAAUGAGAGCUUUGGUAUUACCACAGAGCCUAUCGGAUGUCCGCAUAUAAACGGCUGUCCCAGUGGAUACAAAAUAACAACUAAAGGCUGCUGCUCAACCUGCGACUGUGAUAGAAACCUUAAUGAAACCUGUGAAAUGAUAAAUUGUCCAUUGGGAUAUGAGUUAGGACCAAAAACGGAAGAGAACUGUUGUCCCUGUGUGCCCAAAGGUGUCUGUGUUUACAAUAAAACCGAGUACCAGCCUGGAACUAAAAUCCUCACAAACCCUUGUGUGGAAUGCAACUGUAACAAUACAAAAGCCCCACAGGAUGAUUUCUAUAAUAUGACUUGUGUUAGUAUAAACUGUGAACCAUGCGCUGAGGGUUUUGAACGUGUAAAACAAGAAGGAAAGUGCUGUGGUACAUGUAAGCAAAUAGCCUGUGUUUUUGACGCACCAGACAACACCAGACAUAUUCUCAAGGUUGGAGAAUUCUACAAUGAAAAAUGUGAGAAUAUUACCUGCCUUAAAAUUAAUGACACAAUAAUGACAUCGAAGACUAUAAAAACCUGCCCUGACUUUAAACAAGAGGACUGCGUAAAUGGAACUGUGAAAUAUGACAAAGAUGAAUGUUGCAUGAGCUGUGAGCCCAAGAACUGCGUUCGAGUGAAGAACACCUCCCAUGUGAAUGCAGAUAAUUGUAAAUCCAUCGAGGCUGUUGAACUGACAUCAUGCAGUGGCCACUGUGACACCCAAUCAAUGUAUUCAAUGCAAAUGAACACCAUGAUGCGCAGCUGUUCUUGUUGCCGGGAGAUGAAAACAAGCAUCAGACAAGUGAAGCUGAAGUGUCCGGAUGGCCGCGAGAUCCUUCAUGACUACGUCUACAUUGAUAGCUGCACAUGCACUGCUACGGAGUGUGAAUAACAGAAAACAUCCAAAUAAAAAGAUCCUAUUCAAUUUCUGCCAAACCUUGCCUUGAAUACUGCUGCUUUGAGCUCAGUGAUGAUUUAAUAAUCUGUCACACUGAGAAGGAAAACAACAGAAGAAAAAAAUUUAACAACAAAGAUUGCACUAUUCUGCUUUUUGUUCUUUAAUCUUUUUAUCUCUCUAAAUGGGGACUCUAGGUAUUUUGAGAAUUUUCUUUCUUCUGUCUUGCUUUAUAGUGUCUUUGGUAAUGCAUAAUAUAACUACAUACAUUUACUGCCUGUAAAAUUAAUGAUGAAUGCAAUAAAGCAAAAUAAACUG